GUGGCAUCGUGGGUCACCGGGACCUACUCCCACGUCGACAGGCUCUGGUCUAUCACCCCCGCGGUGUACGCGUCGGUUUACGCGUACGCCUCGGGGUUCGACGCGCGCGCCAGCACCAUGGCGGCGCUCACCUGGGCGUGGGGCAUCAGGCUGACCUACAACUUCGCCCGAAAAGGGGGAUACUCCAAGGGCGAGCAGGACUACCGGUGGCCCGUGCUGCGCGAGCACCCGCUGCUCAAACACCCCGUCACGUGGCAGGCGUUCAACCUGGGGUUCAUCGCGACGUACCAGCACGCGCUCCUCCUGCUCAUCGCGCGGCCUUCAUCCGCGGCGUACGAGGCGAAGGGAUCGGAGCUCAACGCGUUGGACCGAAUCGCCAUCGGCCUCUUCGCGUUUUUCGUCGCGUUCGAGUCGCUCGCCGAUCAGCAGCAGUGGAUCUUCCAACAGAGCAAGCACAGGGCGCCCGGCCACGCGCGCGUCAACGCCCUGCGCGACGACUACAAGCGCGGGUUCCUGACGAGCGGCCUGUUCAGGUACUCGCGGCACCCAAACUUCUUCGCCGAGCAGUGCGUGUGGGUGUCGUAUUACCUGUUCGCGGUGGCGGCCAAGUGGGACGGGCGGGCGGAUCUGUUCGGCGCGAGUUGGCGUGACGCGUGGGUUCACGAGCAGGGCGUCGGCGCGGUGCUGCUCGUCUUGCUGUUCCAGGGGAGCACGCGGUUCACCGAGUCCAUCACCGCGGGCAAGUACCCGGAGUAUGCGGAGUAUCGGAAGGCGACGAGCGCGUUGGUGCCG